AUUUAGAGGGGAGGGUCAAGCUUUUAAAUCCUUGUUAUAAAUUCUAGCAUUUGUAGGCAUUUUAGAAGCCCACUUACAAUUAGACUAUUUAGGCUUAGUUCUCUAGUUACGCUUAGCUACAGUCUCUAGGCUGCACAGAACAUCUGCUUAGACUUACUCUGUAACAUAGUAAGUGCAGACAGCUCUCUUCCGACUUUUUUUUCUAUAUAAACUAAAAGGAAGCUAUAUAGGAAGCAACUUCAAAGCCUGUUACUUACAUAAGUUGUUCUAAAAUGGGUCUUAGUUGCGUCUGGACUUGAUUAAUUGAUUUGUUGAAUCCUUGUGUAAGAGAGGAAAAGAAGGAACCUCUGGCAGUGAAUGCCCGAGGUUUUCUUUCCCCCGCCCGUCCUCCCGAGCGGACGGCGGCUAGCAGGCACCACCCAGGGCUGCCCAGAACCCUGCUCACGAAGCAGAGACAUUCCGCGGGCUGGAGAGCAGAGACCUCUUCCAAGCGCAGCAGCGGCGAGACGUGGAGGCUCGGCUCGGCUCGGCUCGGCUCCAUUCAGUCUGACUCGGGUCGAUCCGAGUCCGGCUCUACGAUAGUCUGUUCUUCUCUUCAACAUGUGGAAAGUGGUGCUCCUGGGUCUCUAUACAGCGUUGGCUGUGAGAGGAUUGGCAAAGGGUGCUCCUUUCCAACCAGAAGAAAAAUGGAAACCACUAGAUAACCCUAGAAACAGAGACCUGUUUUUCAGAACGCUCCAGGCUUAUUUUUCGGGCAGGGGUCUUGAUCUCAGAAAGUUCCCAGCUACUUUCACUGUGACCAAUGAAGGACCAAGGCCUGUCAUGUUCUACUCAGAUCCUAUUGCUUCUGCAUUUGCAGAUUAUGAAGAAAGGAAAAAUUCUUUCUCAAAUUAUUUCAAAGGCUGAAAGAUGCUGCUGACCAAGACAUUAACUUUUGAUCUCCAUGUGAAGUGGUAACCUUUACAGAAACAUACUACUGCUUUGAAUUUUUAACAGUAUCCUGAUGAUUUACAGCUGCCCUCAACUGCCACAGCUCUCACCCGUGGAACCUGACAUCACGCUGUCAUUAGCACAUUUGCUGUCCGCGCUGCCUCACAGAGCUGUGCUUGUCUAAACGUGAAUAAAUGACUGCAACAGAGUGCUUCUAA